GGAGUUUGUGGAUGAGUAUACUGUUCGCGUUGUUGAUGUGUUUGCUAUGCCUCAGAGUGGGACUGGUGUUAGUGUUGAAGCUGUUGAUCAUGUUUUUCAGAUCAUGUUUUUCAAACUAACAUGCUUGAUAUGUUGAAACAAACUGGAAGACCAGAGAUGGUUGUAGGUUGGUAUCAUUCACAUCCUGGAUUUGGAUGCUGGCUUUCUGGAGUGGACAUUAAUACGCAACAGAGUUUUGAGGCUUUAAAUCAACGGGCAGUGGCAGUCGUGGUGGAUCCUAUUCAGAGUGUUAAAGGCAAGGUGGUGAUUGAUGCUUUCCGGCUGAUUAAUCCACAAACUAUGAUGCUGGGUCAAGAACCACGACAGACGACCUCUAACCUUGGCCAUCUGAACAAACCAUCUAUCCAAGCUCUGAUCCAUGGCUUGAACCGACAUUAUUACUCAAUAGCAAUCAAUUACAGGAAGAACGAGCUUGAGGAGAAGAUGCUGCUUAACCUUCAUAAGAAGAAAUGGACCGAUGGUUUGACACUCAGACGAUUUGAUUCACAUUCUAAAACUAAUGAACAGACUGUUCAGGAGAUGCUAAGUUUAGCAACCAAGUACAACAAGGCAGUGCAAGAGGAAGAUGAGCUGCCCCCAGAAAAGCUUGCAAUUGCUAAUGUAGGAAGGCAGGAUGCUAAGAAGCAUCUUGAAGAGCACGUUUCUAAUUUAAUGUCUUCUAACAUUGUUCAGACUUUGGGAAUGAUGCUCGACACAGUUGUGUUCUAGAGUUAGGAUCGUCCACUGUAUUCUUCUUCUUCUUCAUGAUGUCCAGCAAUAUUUCAUUUACACUCUUUGACCUGUUUGCAAUAGAUUGUUUUUUAUUACAAAGUUAUUUGCAUUUCA